GUGAAAUCUCAGGCAUAUUAUCGAUAAAUACCUCCUUUUAUUCGAAGGAGAACGUUAGCCAAACCGAAACGAGUUACAUAGAAGCAUAUAACCGUUCGAUCUGUAAUCACAUCAAAUAUGAAUUGUUUAAGCGGUGAAACUGAUAGACUUAUUAGAAAUGACAUGUUAUUAUGCACUGCUCCGAAUCCUUCGCCUAUUCAAGAACAACGAACCACUCGAUCAGGAAUUGGUCUACUAAGUACGAUUUUUUUAAUCGUUAAUGCUACCUUAGGAGCAGGUCUUUUAAACUUUCCACAAGCUUUCGAUAAAGCCGCAGGAGUAGCUGCAUCCAUUAUCGUACAACUUGUGUUACUUAUUUUUAUAACAGCUGCACUUGUAAUUCUAGCAAAAUGUAGUGACAUUACUAAUACUUCUACCAUGCAGAACAUGUUUGCAGAAUUUUAUGGACACAGGUCACUUUUUUUUUGUGCAUUGUGCGUAACAGUAUAUAGUUUUGGAUGUUGUUUGACAUUCAUAAUCAUUGUUGGUGACCAAUUUGAUCGAGUUUUAGUAACAUACUAUGGAAUUAAUUACUGUCACACUUGGUAUUUAUCGCGACCAUUUGUCACAGCUGUUUCUUGUAGCAUAUUCAUAUUGCCUUUGUGUUUUUUCAAGAAAUUGGACGUUUUAAGUUACACUAGUUCUGUUGGGUGUGUAACUAUUUUAUAUGUAAUAAGCCUGAUCGUCUAUAAAAACUAUACGAAAAUCGAGCCUCCUGUGAAUCCUAUGAAGAUAUGGCCGGAUAAUGGAUACGAAACACUUCAAAUAAUUCCAAUAAUAUGUUUUGCAUACCAGAGUCACAUGACGGCAAUACCAAUGUAUGCCUGUAUGAAAGAUCGUAACGUCGAGAAGUUUACAAUAUGCGCCGCAGUGAGCAUGAUUAUUUGUUUUGCUGCUUAUACAGUGGUUGGCAUCUAUGGAUAUGCAACAUUUGGCGCUGGAAAUGUGCCUAGCGAUAUACUUCAAGGAUAUACAGACAAAAGCGUAAUUUUAACGUUAGCGAUAAUAUUCAUAGCAAUUAAAAAUUUUACUACAUAUCCCAUUGUUUUAUACUGUGGCCGCGAUGCUCUUUUGAGCAUUUUCGGAAUGGAUGUUAAUGUGACUGUCAAAUGCCGAGUUUUUAUUACACUGACUUGGUACAUAUUGUCUUUAGCGCUCGCAAUACUAGUACCAGACAUUUCACCUGUCAUUAAUUUACUGGGUGGGUUGUCGGCCGCUUUUAUAUUUAUUUUUCCGGGCAUAUCCCUGUUCCAAAGCAUACUCUUAAAAGAUUCGGAACUACAUCUGAACAAAGAUCGACUGUUAAUAUUUUUUGCAAUUUUUAUUACCGCACUUGGCGCAUUCGCAUCGGGUGUUGUUUCUGUAGCAGUUGUCAGGGAUUUAUAUCAAACACCAGAAAAAACUCCAUUAGUAACAGGUUUCAGACAACUCAGGCAAAGUUUAUGUACUUAACGGGUAUUCAGUAGUUUCGUUAUUAUAAACAACUAUUAAAUAGUUUUCUAUAAUCCAUCGAUAUCCCGUUAUUUGCUCGACGUAUUAAGAGACUUGAAGAUUUUACAUUUUAGAUAAUUAUCUUGACCAAUUUGCUCAACAGAUGAUUUUAAUUGAAGUAUUAAAUGUAAGGAAAAUGGAAGAAGACUGAUGCGCAUAAAAUUUAAUACUAUAUACUCAUCGUGCAAUUAUGUCAGGAAGUUUUUAGG